UGGAACGUGAACUAGAGAAGCUUGUAUGUCUUUUUUCGACAGUUGUCAAAGUUAUUUGACAUAUUGCAAAGGGAAACGCGAAAUACAACGUGCUCAUAUUGCAAUUUUUUCGCCGUUUUUCAAAUUUACUUGAAGAGCCAUGGUUAAAUGCCUUAUUAUUACUAUCUAGACGUAUCCUUGGAAUUUUCACAUUCUUUCAGUGACGAAAUCACUCCAGCAUAUUUACAGAAAAAUGUUACUGAAGCUGUAAAACAGCUAUUCGGCGAAGUUGGGGCUGCUGUGGGUAUAGAUGUAAUAAAAUUUGAUUCAGAUACUCGAAGAGGGAUAAUCCGAAUACCAAAAUCUCACUACGUUCAGUUGAGGAGCAGUUUGACACUAGCCAGGUUUUACGAAGGUAAAAGUUGUGUUUACAAAGUAAAUAACGCCAAUACUUCGCUAGCAGCUCUAGUAGGACAAAGAGAAUCUAUCGAAAAUGUCACACUGUAGGAAGUUAGGUCCGAAUAAUAAGGAUAUAGUAAUAUUUGCCACAAAAGAAGAUCAUCAAAAACCUAGCAAAGUUACACUGCCUGAACCUGAUCCACAACCAGGUUUAAUACUGCCCAAUGGUGAUAUAAACUGGAACUGCCCAUGUUUAGGAGGGAUGGCAACAGGACCUUGUGGGGUUGAAUUUAGGAAUGCUUUUAGUUGUUUCCACUACUCGGAUGCCGAACCAAAAGGCAGUGAUUGCUAUGAUCUGUUCAAAACUAUGCAGAUGUGUAUGCAGAAAUAUCCAACACUGUACAACAAGGACUUAUCUGAAGAUGAUGACUUGAACAAUGCUAUGCAGCAAUCUGAAUCGAGUGAAGGAAAAGAGGACAGUACAAAAAAAGUAUUGGAGACUGAAAAGGAUGCUAAGAAAUCUUAGUGUUAGAUAUUUGAUUCAGUUGUGGAAUAUCGUUUAAGUAGCACAAGAAAAUAUAUGAUGGUCUAAACAAAUGAAUGUUUUUAUGUUUAUAUUUGUUUAAACAAGCAGUUCUGGAGAAUAAAUGAGUUAGUCAUGAA